AUGGCCGAAGUUGUGUACAAGGAGCUAAAUGCGGACGAUGAAGCGCCCAUGGAAUUGGAAUCAGUUUGUCCUAAUUGCCAAGAAAAUGUAGGUUGAAGCAGCAAAAUAAUUAUCACAUGCACCUAUUAUCUCUUUAGGGUGUAACAAAACUCAUGUGUACGAGGAUUCCAUUCUAUAAACAGGUUAUCUUGAUGUCAUUCGCAUGUGAUCAUUGUGGUUACAGAAACAACGAACUCCAAAGUGGAGAGCCAGUUCAGGUAAGUCGAAUUGCAGUUUCCAUUUCAUGGAUUUUAGGAAUUUGGUACAGAGAUUGUUCUGCACGUAAAAGAGCAAGAGGACCUCAACAGAACGGUAGUGAAAUCCGAAUACGCUUCUGUGGAAGUUCCUGAAUUGGAACUUGAAAUUCCAUUUAAAUCCCAACCGGGAGGUGAGUUGUGUAUAAUAUUAAAUUUAUAACAGUUUAGAGGUUACGACUGUCGAGGGAAUCUUACGGAGAGUGCAAGAAGGUGUUUCGCAAGACCAAGAAGUCAGAAGACAACAAGACCCAGAAGCAGCUAAGAAAAUUGACGACUUUGUGGCUAAAUUGGAAGAAUAUAUUGCCUUAAAGAAACCUUGGACUUUGGUAAAAAAAACUGCCGGUUAUUAUUUUUUGUGUUUAGAAAUUAAACGACCCUUCCGGCAAUUGUUACAUCCAGAAUCCUUCUCCACUUCAUGUUGAUCCCAGAUGCAUUACGUCCCAUUAUUACCGAGAUAUGAAUGCCAACAAAUUACUCGCAUUGGCUGAUGAUGAUGACCCAGAAUGGAAGCCGACAACGGAUGACAUGGAAUGGAAGUCUUUUGAGGAUUGCAAGAACACCAUUAUGCAUUUUAACAGUCAAUGUCCCAAUUGCAGAACGCCUUUGGAAGUUCUUAUGAAGCCCACAGGUAUUAUAUGAAUAAGAAUAAUUUCGGAAUGACUUGUUUAUAGACAUUCCGUACUUCCAAACAGUGAUUGUAAUGUCGAGUACUUGUGAGAGCUGUGGUUUUAAGUCAAACGAGGUUCAAGCCGGAGGUCCAAUCCAGGAUCAAGGCUGUAAACUCUCGGUUAAGGUCGAAAAGGUUGGCAAGUUUUAUUUAGUGAUCAUUAUUCGAACUGACUUUCUUUCUUUUUUAUCGUUCGUAUGUUUCGCAACGUUUUCCAGGAUGUUGACCUUGCCAGAGAUGUGUUGAAAUCUGACACAUGUGGCUUGUCGAUUCCUGAAAUUGAUGUUGAGAUUGGUCCAGGCGCCCUUUGUGGUCGUUUUACCACGGUAGAAGGUCUGUUGCAAGCCAUCAAGGAUCAACUGAAUGAGCAAUCUGCUUUUUUCUUCGGGGACUCUGGAUCUGAUGAAUUUAAGGGGAAAUUCGAGAAUAUAUUAAGUCAGAUGGAUGAAGUUAUAAACCUUAAGAGACCUGCUACUUUGGUGCUGGACGACCCUGCAGGAAACAGUUACAUUCAAAGUAUAAGUGAUGAAGGAGCAGAUCCCAGACUGAAGAAGGAAUUCUAUACCAGGUCUUUUGAACAGAACGAGGAGCUUGGCUUGAAUGAUAUGAAAGUGGAAAAUUAUGAGGAUCUCAGUACGAUAAAGGAGGAAGAGUAA